AUGCCUCCUGCUGUGGAUCGUUGUUGGAGGUCUCCCGAGGACUUAAAUACUGGCUUUUUCAGACCGAUUCGACGGGCAUUAGGCCAGAUGAAUGUCCGCCUGGUUUUUCUUAUUCUCGAAGCCAAACGCUCCGCCCGUGUCAUUGCCAUGGGUGUUGGCUCGCUCGAUCUGGCUGUUGAUCAAGAUCAUGAUGGCGGUGGUUGA